AUCCUCCAUCCUGACAACAACUCAAAUGUAACAGUACUUGCUUCUGCUGAAGCAUUUGAACAGAGACGUCUCCUUGGGAUGAAGACAUAAUACCGCAGCGGUUCGGUCCGCUGUAACCUACCUAUGCAGGCAGACGCAUUUGCUGUGCCGCCUGUGGCAGGGUGACCUCGGCUUAAGGCCCAAGGAAGGACGAUCGGGGGGUUUUGUCAGGCCUCGUAUUACUCGUACCUCUCUUUGCCAACACCCGCCUGCCUCGACUCCAGUCAUCUGAAGCAACGAAAUGAGGGUACUGGCAUCACUAUUUGGAGCAGCCGUACGGCCAAGCACGCCGUUCGUGGCAAGUAAAGUCUCACAGAAGCCGUUCUCGACCUCACCGAGCCCACAUGCCAAUUGGGGCUUCAUUGGACUCGGUCGUAUGGGUAAAUUGACGCGAAUCAUGUGACGCUCAAAAGAGCAUUCGACUGAUAAGCUCAGGAUAUCCUAUGGCUAAGAACCUACGCGCAAAGCUCCCGAAGGAUGACCACCUCUUCGUGCACGAUAUCAACGCCAAAGCAACAGCCGGCCUGUUGCAAGAAAUUGGCAGUGAAGGUUUGACCGUCGCCAAGGAUGUGAGAGAGGUUGCAGAGAAAUCGGAAACUAUCAUCACAGCUCUACCAGAGCCAAGUCAUGUGCUUGGCGUCUACAAGUCAAUGCUGGAGCCUCCGACAUUAUUGAAUGAUGGUAUCUCCAAAGGUCGCCUCUUCAUCGACUGCUCAACGAUAGAUCCCAUGACAUCUGCAGAGGUCGCUCGAGCAGCCUUUCAACAAGGCAAGUUCAUUGACGCACCUAUGUCAGGCGGCGUUGUUGGUGCGCGCGCCGGCACACUUACCUUCAUGAUCGGAGCUCCGGACGAACUGGUCGAGCGUGCCACAGAGAUCUUGUCCCUGAUGGGAAAGAAGGUCCUCCACCUCGGACCGCCGACAUCUGGUCUCAAGGGAAAGCUUGCCAACAAUUAUCUACUCGCGUUGAACAACAUCGCGACUGCUGAGGCUAUGCAUAUGGGUGUGAAGUGGGGACUUGAUCCGAAGGCCUUAGCUGGCAUGAUUAACAUUAGCACUGGUAGAUGCUGGCCAAGUGAAGUCAAUAAUCCUGUUCCUGGCGUUAUCGAAGGCUCUCCCGCGAGCAGGGGCUACGAGGGGGGAUUUGGAGUGUCGCUGGCCAACAAAGACCUGAGACUGGCCUUGAAGGCUUGUGAAGAACAUGAAGUUAAGACUGUUUUAGGAAAGGAAGCAGCCAAGGUCUAUGAUGCAGUACAGGCGGAUUCGACUUGCGCAGGCAAAGACUUUUCUGUCGUCUAUAGAUAUCUUGGAGGCAAAGAAUGAAAGCAAAGGUGGCAGUGUUCAUUGCCAAUAGCGUGUAUGUUCUGCCAGAUUUCCGUGAGUGGCAAUGUAAGCCUUGGUAUGUAUCAAAUAGUCGAGUGGUUGAGAGGCCACUAUGUGGCCGCAUACCCAUGUCUUGGUGUACUACAUCAAACACGCCCGGACCAUGAC